AUUUAAAUCUCACUGUGCUGGAACUAAGGGUCCUUCAUUAUCGUCCUCCUGGGCCGGACUUUUCGUGGCUUCCAUUCUUCUUCUCAUAUCUUAUGAUAUUUGAACCGAAUUUUUGAAGUUUAAAAUUUGACCGAAUGGAUUCUUGCUUACCUAUUUUGGAACAUCUCGUCUGACAGCUGUUUUUUCACCAUAUCUAAUCUUCUUCCAACGGCUUGUAUGGAAUUAUUUCAACACAACUCCUUCUGUCUUUUAACUUUUCACUUCUUCGGUCAUCCGAGAUCUGUCUUCUUGGUGUGCUUGCGGACUCCGUUGAAGAUCCCUAUACUUUUACUAUCUUUUGAAGUUGGUGUCCUGGACUUGGGUUCAAAGAAUUUGCAGUAGACCGGACCUUUCCUCUUUGGCAACUACUUUUUCACAUUUCGGAGUGAUUUUAGACCCGACUGAACUUUACAAUUCUUGUGAACUUCUGGAUUUUGAUGCAGAUCGUGAUUUUUUAACAUUUUCAAUAGACAUAAUCGAGUUUCUCUUCCAGUUUUUGCUUUCUACCUGGAAAAUGUCUCGAAAGAUGGAACAAAAUGGUUUGGAUAAUCUGCCAAAAAUCGUUUACCAACCUCAAAAGUAUGAAGAAACCCAGAUGGAGCGUUUAAAAAAAAUGGUUGAAAAGGAAUUCAAUGUGAAAUUCAAUGAUUACUGGGAAUUCCAUGAGUGGUCUUACAAGAACUAUCCAGAAUUCUGGGAUUGUGUUUGGCGCUUCUUUGAUAUUGUUCAUUCAAAGCCUUACUCUCAGGUAUAUGAUAAAAAGAAUGGAUUUGAAAGUAUGGAAUGGUUUAAAGACGCACGCCUAAAUUAUGCCGAAAAUAUGCUAAAGUACAGAGAUUCUGAAAUUGCAAUAAUUGCCACAGAUGCGGAAGAUGAUACAGUAUACAUUUCUUAUCAGCAAUUAUACGAUGAAGUUGGUGUCUAUGUGAAAGCUUUGAGGAACGAAAGAAUAAAGAAAGGAGAUAACAUUGCAUGUUACAUGUCGAAUAAAAAAGAGGCCGUUUUUGCAUAUUUGGCAACAGCAGCAAUAGGUGCUGUUUGGUGCGGAUGCCUUCCAUUACUGGGACCGAAGGCAACAUUAUCACGAUUUGAACAAGUAAACCCUAAGAUCCUUUUUGUAGCAGGGAAUUUUACAAUGGAUUCCAGAGAAUUCAAUAUGGAUGAAAAAAUAUUCGAAAUAGUUGCAGGUCUUCCAAGUUUACAGAAAAUUGUGUAUUGUCCAACUAAACUGAAAAGAAAAGCAAAUAUAUCAGAAAUUCCUAAUUGCGUUCUCAUAUCUGAAUUCCUGCAACAAGCUCGAAAGGAACUUCGAAACGAUCCUAAGGAUAUAGAAUUCGAACAGUUGCCAUUCGAUCAUCCUCUGUGUAUUUCAUUCACAUCGGGAACUACGGGAGCUCCUAAAGGUUUAGUUCACUCAGCUGGAAUGUAUUUUGCUAAUCUCAAAGACUAUGGCAUACAACAAAAUUGCACAAGAAAAGAUGUUUUGUUCAAUCAGUCACCAAAUGGUUGGAUUUCAUGGAAUAUGAACGUGAACGCCUUGCAUUUGGGUUUAACAGUAGUAAUGUAUGAUGGCGAUCCAUUUGAAGAAUCUCCCACCAGAUUUUGGGACUUGGUAGACAAAUUUGGCAUAACUUCGCUGUAUUUGUGGAGCAGCACUAUUGAUGAAUUGGACACAAAAGGCUGGGGUCCCACUUCCAAACAUUCCUUAAAAUCUCUGAGGCAGAUCCUUCCCAAUGGAAGUCCGGCCAAACCGAGCGCAUUCGAUUUUCUUUCCCAAAAAGUGAAACCUGGCAUGUUCUGUUCUCCUGCAUACGGUACCACUGAAGUAUUUGGCCUGCUGAGCGGUGUUGAUCACAAUAUGCCGGUAUACAGGGGAGAAAUACAAUUACCGUCUCUCGGUAUGGAUGUGCGAAUUCUUGACGAAAAAGGCAAACCGACAAUCGGACAAAGGGGUGAAUGCGUGCUUGCGAAUCCUUAUCCAGCUCUUCCAAUAAGUCUACUCAACGAUGAAAACAAACAGAAGGUUACAGAGAUGUAUUUGGCGCAACAUCCUGGAUACUGGAAUAAUGGAGACGAUGCCUGGCAGAAUCCAGUCACAAAAGGAUUCAUUGUAUAUGGCAGAAGCGAUGAAACCAUGGAUCCAAAAGGAGCAAGAUAUAACUGUUCAGACAUUUACUUCGCCUUGGAAGGUUUCCCAGGUUUAAAGGACAGCGUAGUCGUUUCUCAGUACAACAAAGAUAUGGAUGAAAGAGUUAUAUUAUUUGUAAAGAUGCGUCCUGGCCAUACCCUCACUGGUGAAGUAAAGCAGAAAAUAAAUGAGACCAUCGAACGGCACCUUACCUACGAGCAUAUUCCGGACAUUAUAAUGGAAGCUCCUGACAUACCGUACAACCUGACAGGAAAGAAAUUAAACGGAUUGGUGAAGAAACUUAUAAACAAGAAACAAAUUGCAAACGUUGACAUUGUUAUUAAUCCAUCAUCUAUAGAAUUCUUCAAAACUGUUGAAUUGGGAGAAUUUUAACUACUGCAAAAUGUGUUUUCAAUUGUAAGGGAAUUUUAAUAUCACUAAUAAAUAUUUAUUUUUGC